UGGGACGUCACGUCAGCUGCCGUCGUGUCGGGAUUGGAAUGUUACCGACUAACAAUCGGAACAACUGAGCACUCGGUAACUGGACACUAAGAUCAAGGAAUCCCGUUUUUUGAACAUUGUCCUAGCUGUUUACCCGGUCUGAGGUUAGCGUGUGUUUGCUUCGUGUCGACCGGAUAACUUCGCCUGCUGCGCGGCUCCCCGCCGAUGAGGUUUUUUGUUUUAUAUCAGCGCGUUUGAGGGUAUGUGGCGAGGUUGUAAUAAAUAAGAAGAGAAAUGCAGGGAUUCGUCAGGUUACAGUUGUACCGCUGAGCGGCCCCGGCGCUACGACGCUUCCCCCGGGUUUUUGAUUCUCUUCAUACGGGACCAUGGAGUGAUAAAAGAGGGGGAAUAGGACGAAAUCAGCCGGAGGCAUUUGCUUUCAAGCGCGGCGGCCACACCGAUGGGGUUUUGCACUCCCUGGUCAAUGUGUCACCGAGUUUAACAUCCAAACCCCAGAAAGGUACACCCAUACCUUUCCGUCUGGGAGAGCCUCUGGGACCCCCUGCCUCUGUUUAUCCGCUGAAGAGAGUUCCCAGACGGCUGUCGGUUCCUUUUCCGUUUGAAUUGCCCUGUACCUACAGGCAGCCUGGAUGAGGCUGAGAAGACGCGCCGGGGAAGAGAGUCGCUGCAUGUGAUUGUGUCCGAGGGUCCGCUGGCCAGCACUGAGCUUUUUGGGCACCUCAGCCCCGCUGUAGGCGCUGUGCGAUAUGGUGAAACUCUACAGAAGAGGGAGAACGGGACAAUACUUUUAAAAUCGCCCACAUGCACUGGAUCAAUUGCUGGAUUUGGGAACCGAUUAAGCAGAAGGAGGGUUGGGGAUCCUUGGAGGCUGCCGGAGGAUGGAGCGGUGUAGCCGGGGUUGGUGAGAGCCUAACUUCGGGCCACUUUACAUUUCUUAUUCCUAAACAAUUCGCCCCUGUUCCCAGGACACAUGCAGGCCAAAAAACGCUACCUGAUCCUGCUCUCCGCCGGUGCAUGUCUAGUGCUUCUCUUCUACCUCGGUGGGGUUCAACUUCCAGCGGCGAGCAGGAGCCGGCAUGACCGCAGCCGACAUGGGUACCGACCCGACCAGCCUUGGCCUCACUUCUCGGACCCUUUACAUCUUUUCCUGCCCUGGGACCAGACGGACACCGAGGAGUACAACCUGCACAUUUCUCCGAGGCAGAAGAGGGACGUCAACACGAGUGUUUACAAAGGCAAACGGUGCCGCAUGGAUUCAUGCUUUGAUUUCUCUCUGUGUCAGAAGAACGGAUUCAAAGUGUAUGUUUACCCGCAGCAGAAGGGGGAGAAGAUCUCAGAGAGUUAUCAGAACAUUUUAUCGAGCAUUGAGGGGUCAAGGUUUUACACCUCAGACCCCGGACAGGCGUGUCUGUUCGUCCUGAGUUUGGACACUCUGGACCGAGACCAACUGUCCCCGCAAUACGUCCACAACCUGAAGACCAAGGUCCAGAACCUGCCUCUGUGGAACGACGGCAGGAACCACCUUAUUUUUAACUUGUACUCGGGAACGUGGCCGGACUAUACGGAAGACUUGGGCUUUGACAUCGGUCAGGCCAUGUUGGCCAAAGCCAGUAUCAGCACCGAGAACGCCAGGCCCAACUUCGACGUGUCCAUCCCCCUCUUCUCCAAGGACCACCCGAGGACCGGCGGAGAGAGGGGGUACCUCAAGUACAACUCCAUCCCGCCUUUUAGAAAAUACAUGCUGGUGUUCAAGGGGAAGCGCUACCUGACAGGUAUCGGCUCGGACACCAGGAAUGCCUUGCAUCACGUCCACAACGCAGAGGAUGUGGUGCUGCUCACCACCUGCAAGCAUGGCAAGGACUGGCAGAAGCACAAGGACGCACGCUGUGACAAGGACAACGCAGAGUAUGACAAGUAUGACUACAAGGAGAUGCUUCACAACUCCACCUUCUGUUUGGUGCCCCGCGGCAGACGACUGGGCUCUUUUCGCUUCCUCGAGGCGCUGCAGGCUGCUUGUGUGCCAGUGAUGCUGAGUAACGGCUGGGAGCUGCCUUUCUCCGAGAUCAUUGACUGGAACACAGCCGCAGUGAUCGGCGACGAGAGGCUCCUGCUGCAGAUCCCGACCACCGUGCGCUCCAUCCACCAGGAUAAGAUCCUAUCCCUCAGACAGCAGACUCAGUUCCUCUGGGAGGCCUACUUCUCCUCUGUGGAAAAGAUAGUGCUGACCACACUGGAGAUCAUCCAGGACCGCGUGUUUGAACACGGCUCCAGGAGCAGCCCGAUGUGGAAUAGUCACCCUGGGGGACUUUUCGCGCUGCCGCAGUACUCAGGAUACCUGGGAGACUUCCCCUUCUACUACGCCACACUGGGUAUAAAACCGUACCCCAAGUUCACAGCGGUCAUCCAUGCUGUCUCUCCUCUGGUAUCUCAGUCCCAGCCCAUACUCAAGCUCCUGGUAGCUGUGGCCAAGUCCCAGUACUGUGCACAGAUCAUUGUCCUGUGGAACUGUGACAAGCCUCUCCCGGCCAAGCACCGCUGGCCUGCCACCUCAGUGCCGGUCAUCGUCAUAGAGGGAGAGAAUAAGGUGAUGAGCUGUCGUUUCUUGCCCUACGAGACCAUAGUGACCGAUGCUGUCCUCAGCCUGGAUGAAGACACAGUGUUGUCCACCACGGAGGUGGACUUUGCCUUCACGGUCUGGCAGAGUUUUCCAGAGCGAAUCGUAGGUUACCCAGCUCGCAGCCACUUCUGGGACAGCAACAAGGAGCGCUGGGGCUACACAUCCAAAUGGACCAACGAUUAUUCAAUGGUGCUGACAGGGGCCGCCAUCUAUCACAGAUAUUACCAUUACUUGUAUACCAACUACUUACCCACUAGUCUGAAGGGCAUGGUUGACCAGCUGGCCAACUGUGAGGACAUCCUGAUGAACUUCCUGGUCUCUGCUGUCACCAAGCUGCCGCCCAUCAAGGUUACACAGAAGAAACAGUACAAGGAGACAAUGAUGGGACAGUCUUCGAGGGCUUCUCGCUGGGCCGAUCCGGACCACUUUGCCCAACGGCAAACCUGCAUGAACAAGUUCGCCAGCUGGUUUGGCGCCAUGCCUCUGGUCCACUCCCAGAUGAGACUGGACCCUGUCCUGUUCAAGGACCAGGUCUCCAUUCUCCGCAAGAAAUACAGGGACAUCGAGAGGCUCUGACAGGACCGUCGCCCCCUAGGGGGAGACCCUACGCAGGGGGAGGUGCGCAAGAGAGACCUUGUGGAGAGUAGUAAUAGUAGGACUACAGCAGGAUGGACAGGGAGCGACACAGCUCGGUCUUCCACUCAGCACAUUGCCAAUGACCACAGCGCCGCUGCUGCCAGGACUUGACAUGGAAAGGGAUGAAUGAGAAACAAGCAGGUGGCGUUUGGAUAUGAAAAAUAUAAACAAAAAUCUCAAACACAUACCGACAAAGAGGAGUACACAAACUGAUGGACAUGCCAAACAGUACUGUAUGGUCUGCAAAUGGGCAAACACACAGCACCCACUACUGACGACAAUAACUCUUGGAAAGCAUAUUUUUUUGUACAACAUGAACAUGGAUGACAGUGACUUUCCUGCUCUCUUGGCACGUGUGCAGGACGAUAGAAGAGGGAAAGGUGUCCACGAUCGCAAAUCUGACAACCCCACCAUCAUAAAUCCUACUGGUCGCCCCUAGCUAUCCUCCCCAGUAUGCAUCAAGACGUUAUAUUCAACCACCAAAACCCCUGCUUUAUAGCCCAGGAUACCCUGUUCACAAGUUGAUUUGAUUUCUGUACAAAUCAGCUCUCUGGUGUCACUGUUGACCCUUUCUCCUCACUGAGAGGUAAUAUUUUUAUUUCCAAGGUUGAAAAUGUAAACAGAUGUGUCCUGACAAGGUUUUUAUAGCAGAGCUGCCACUACUUCUUCAAACUGUUGGCCAUCAACACACAUCCUUGAGCCGGAAAACAUCCCGUCUGUCCUAUCCUUGGCUCAUUUCUUGAUGUGCUGAUACGGCUUUUAUAAUGUCUAUCUGGAUCCCUGUUAUCACAAAGAUAAGUUAGAAAAACAUCUUGUUUCCUAUUCCAUUUUCCUCUCAUUCUCCCCACAGCAGUUGUACUUUUCUCAUCUUUUUUUUCUUCCUUACUUUCUAUCUUUUAUUUUACCCAUUCAAACUCUGUACUUUCCAUCUUGUGUGUGUGUGUGUGUGUGUGUGUGUGCGUGUGCGUGCGUGUGUGUCCUAAAAACAUGUUGGCUCAUCCAACCAUAAGCUCAAGCAGAGUACAUUUAAACUCCGCUGGAAUGAGUGAAUUGGAUGGAUGAAAUUGAGCAAAACGUUGCAUUCAAACGCAAACGUGUUUCUGCCCAUUUAUUUCUUCCUGCAUGGCCUCCAAACGUACUUACAGGUAGAGAAGGAAUUAAAUUUCAGCCCAUAGCAGGGGUUUAGUGACCAGCUUCAUUUCACAGAUGUGCUUGUGGAGAGAUUUUUAACGCUGAGUGCAUCAGUGCCAUUCUGACAUCAAGGUCUGCCUUUAAAAUUGUUUAUUGCACAUCACGUUGCCUACAUCAGUUUGAGAUGCCUAGAUGCUCUUAAGUUGAAAUAUUGUAGUCAUCAGCCAUGUGGCUCUCUUGCCACCAGGAUUAUUAUUUUUUUCCGUGACAUAUCUGAGGACCUCAGACCCAUUAAAUUGACAAAAGGUUUUCUCCUCCAUUUGUCAGACAGAGAUACGUUUUGGCUUCAAUUAGGUAAAGCUAUUUCAUUUUAAGUGCUGUUUUAUUCCCAGGGGACACGCUGUUGAUGAAACACUCUCACAUUAUGGACCAUUGUGUUGUGGAAGCAGUGACCCACAAACAUGACCUGCUGGCUAAUGCUAGCCUUCGAAGGACCGUUUUUUUUUUUUUCCUGGACACACCCUCCACUGCUUGUCUGUUACUUAUAACAGCUGCUCACAUCACAAUCGUAUUCACAAUCAAGCUGCCUAAAACUUUGCACCUUAAAUUACCCUAUUUGUAUUGCAUAACCAUAUUAAAAUGCUAAAAUAUCUAGCUAGCUCAACCUUUAAUUGUCAAUCAUUUCAAAGAGAUAUGUUGUCUGUGAAAAUGGUUAGGUCGUAGCAGAGCUGCUACACGCUGUCAUUAGGUCUGCAUGCAGCAAGCAGCAUGAGCACAGCCAGUCCCCUCGCACAAUUAGUUUGCAGACACUUAAAUGAAAGCUGCAUGCUUUUAGUGGCCUUUCUGUUGGGCAGGCAUUUUCUCUGCCAAAGUGUGUGUGUGUGUGUGUGUGUGUCAACAUCGUCAGUAUCAGUCUCACAUUCAAUGAGUUAUUUUUCAUCAUUUUGUUUCACGCAUAGUUUUCAUAUAACAUUUAUUUUAAAGCCUUUACAGUCUCAACAAAGGUGUUGUUCAUAAUAUCAAGUGUCAUAUCCAAAUGCUACUAAUGCAAAGCUUCUCCUUUCAGCAUGUAUCAAAGCCAGCAGGACUAUAUUGUUUUUAUUUUAUUUUUUAUCACGUCAUUGCUUUAAAUAUCAUGUUUGUAUUUACAUUCUGGGACUUCAAGUUUGGAGUGUUGUUUGUCUGCCAAGAGAGAUUUAUGAUCUGUUUAAUGUGGAGUCAAACAUCAAAUGUUCUAACAUCUACAGUACGUGAUUCCUGGAAAAACAUGCUCCUCAUUUGGUCUGCAUCUGGUCCCUAUUUCAUCUUCAGAGAACCAUAAUGUAUUGUUUUUUUAUUCCUUAUCAAGCCUUUUAUGUCUGAUCGUUUGAAUCACUGUAUGUGCAUCAUCUCAAGAAAACCACGUCCCCCCAGCUUUGCAGAUAUCUCAUGGAAAAAAACACCCAUUUCAAAUCCCUGUACAUAGGCAUAUAUUUAUUUUUGGAAAAGAAAAAAAGACAGCGUACGAUUUGAGAUGACGUGGCGAGAACAUAAGACUGAUCCUGCAUCACCGAGGGGAGUUAAUGGUAUUUAUUCAGUUUAUUUUCUACAAGCUGUGCACAUUAAUCCACAAAGAUGCCGAUAUACAGCUCAUAUUAUGUUUGUCUCUGCAUUGGUUUUCCAGGGAAACAUACAUCACGCUCUGGCUCCUACAGAACUCUCCAAGAGAUCGAAAACAUUUUCUCUAAAAACUCUAAAAGAUUGCAUACACCAGUGAUCUAGAAUUGGAUUGGGCCACACAAUCUUGGUUCUCCACGGGAGUCAAAUUGCAAAGUCCCAAUAAAGACUACGCCAACUGACACAUGGAAAAUAAUAAGCAGCUGGGUCCUCUGAACCAGAUGGAAACAUUUUCAGAUUCGGCAGUAACAUCCCCCCCUCCCCCAUGUAUUACAAUAAUGGGUCUGAGGCUGUGACACAGUUGUUUAAAUUGCCUCGUUCAAAGCUUGGUUUCAGGUCAGAUAACUUGGCAAAGGAACUUGCUCCAUCUUUUAGUUGGUGUGCUGUACAUCAUCGAGUCCAGAGCUUCGUCAGAGUGUGAUGGAUGUGAUUUAAACCACUCGGAAAAUCUCUGCAUCUGCUUAAAACGCCUCUAUCAUGUCUUUCAUUUUAUCAGGAGGAACCUUUAUGCAAGUUAUCAUUCUGUGCUUUUAAACAGAUGAUAGAAUUUAACCCAAAAUGUGCCAGGCGUUUGGUGUCUGUAGUGGCGAUGACAUGUGUGUUAAAAACUAGUCUGUUCUUGAUUUGUGCCUUUUUAUCAACAUGUAAGUUCUUGACAUGCCGUGCACCGUCUGUCCUAUUUCCAGUAGAAAGGCAGCAACAGCACCAUAAGCAGGACCGGAACAGCCCUGCCUUCAUACACUGGAUGAGUCACAGCUUCCAUUCUCUUGUUGUAACACCCCAUUUUCGUCUUUGUGUUUGGACACUGUUGCUAAGGUGACAACGUAUGACCACUUCCUGUUUGGAAUUAUUUAUCAGUGAUUUGGCGUAUCACUCUACCAAUCAGCAGUAAUAACUGUUGAUCUGUGUGACUAUCUAGCCCCGCUGUCCUGAUGCCUUCUCCUCCCUCCUACCUUGUAAUUGACAGAAGACUUUUAUAGAGGUCACAAAUGAAAUAGAUACAUGCCAAUUUUGUAAGAAUGAUUUAUAAAAAAAAUAAACUCAUAUUUGAUGAUAACUGUA